GGGUGCGUUAAGAUGGAGGUCACUGGAAUCGACGGCCUUGCUGGGACGGUGAUGUUUCUCUGGAAUGAAAUAUAUAAAACCUUUUAUUUCAGGGAUUCCAUGGAAUUGUAGUAGGUACUACUCUGCAAUGUCUCUAACAGAAACCCAAAGUGAACAUGAACACGAUGGAAGAGAAUACGAGAGAUUUCUGCAAGCCAACAACAGAGAACUCAACGCUCUUUUUGGAUAUCCAAACAAUUCCAUUAAGACCUCAAAAUAUACUGCCUUGAACUUCCUGCCCCUGAACCUAUUUGAACAGUUCCAGAGACUUGCAAAUGCCUAUUUUCUGUUGUUGUUGUUCCUACAGUUGAUUCCCCAGAUCUCCUCCCUGGCGUGGUACACCACGGUGAUACCCCUGGUGGUGGUGCUAUCCAUAACAGGAGUGAAGGAUGCCAUCGACGACUGGAAAAGACACCAAAGUGACAAUCAAGUUAACAACCAUUCUGUUCCUCUGCUGGCAGAUGAUGGCAGGGUAAAAGAGGAAAAAUGGAUGAAUGUCGAAGUGGGAGAUAUAAUAAAACUAAAAAAUGACCAGGCUGUCCCUGCGGAUCUACUACUACUCUCUAGCAGCGAGCCAUAUAGUCUGGCAUACAUAGAAACAGCAGACCUGGAUGGUGAAACCAACUUGAAAGUGAAGCAGGCCAUCUCAGUUACCAGUGACAUGGGAGAUAAUCUGGACCUGCUUUCUACCUUUGAUGGAGAAGUGAGGUGUGAUCCUCCCAAUAACAAGUUGGAUAAAUUCACAGGAAUCCUGACCUAUAAGAGGAAAAGCUACUCCCUGGACCAUGAUAAGCUGCUGCUCCGUGGCUGCAUCAUCAGGAACACAGAUUGGUGUUAUGGCUUGGUCAUUUAUACUGGGCCAGACACCAAAUUAAUGCAAAACAGUGGGAAGUCCAUCUUUAAACGGACACAUAUGGACCAUCUCAUGAAUCUCUUUGUGAUCUGGAUUUUCCUGUUUUUAGGUGCCAUGUGUUUUAUGCUAGCAAUUGGGCAUGGCAUUUGGGAGAACAAAAAAGGCUACCACUUCCAGAUUUUUCUGCCACAGGAAAGUUAUGUCUCUUCAUCAGUUAUCUCUGCCAUCUUCAUUUUCUGGUCCUAUUUCAUUAUUCUCAACACCAUGGUGCCCAUUUCUCUCUAUGUCAGUGUUGAAAUAAUAAGACUGGGCAACAGUUUUUAUAUUAACUGGGAUCGGAAGAUGUUUUAUGAACCAAAGAACACCCCAGCACAGGCUCGCACUACCACCCUAAAUGAGGAGCUUGGCCAAGUCAAAUAUGUGUUCUCUGAUAAAACAGGGACACUGACUCAGAACAUCAUGAUUUUCAAAAAGUGUUCUAUCAAUGGAAAGGCCUAUGGUAGUUCCUGUGACAAGGAAGGACUGAGGGAGCCAGGUUUUGAGAAAGAAGAAGGUGACUUCUACAACAAGCUGACCAGUCCUAAAUGUUUAUUUCAUGACCAGACUUUGAUGGAAGCAGUAAAAAAAGGAGAUCACUGGGUGCAUAUGUUUUUCCUCUCCCUCUCAUUAUGUCAUACCGUGAUGUCACAAGAGAAGGUAGAAGGUGAGCUGGUGUACCAGGCUCAGUCCCCAGAUGAAGGUGCCCUGGUCACUGCUGCCAGAAACCUUGGCUUUGUGUUCCGUUCCCGCACGUCUGAGACUAUCACAGUGGUGGAAAUGGGAAAAACCAGAGUCUAUCAAUUGCUGGCUAUUUUGGACUUCAGCAGUGUACGCAAGAGGAUGUCUGUUAUUGUGAGAACUCCUGAAAAUCGGGUAAUGUUGUUCUGCAAAGGAGCAGACACCAUCAUCUCUGAGCUACUUCAUCGUUCCUGUGUAGCCCUUAAUAACGUGACCAUGGAACAUUUGGAUGAUUUUGCCAGCGAUGGACUUCGCACCCUCAUGGUGGCCUACCGAGAGUUGGAUGAUAAAUUCUUCAACACCUGGAGCAAGAAGCACAAUGAGGCAUGUCUGUCUGCGAAAGAUAGGGAAAUUAAAUUAUCAGUUGUUUAUGCAGAGAUUGAGAAAGACCUGAUGCUGUUAGGAGCCACAGGCAUAGAAGACAAACUGCAAGAUGGAGUACCUGAGACAAUCAUCACCCUGAACAAAGCCAAAAUUAAAAUAUGGGUUUUAACUGGUGAUAAGCAAGAGACUGCUAUAAACAUUGCCUACUCCUGUAAUGUAUUUGAGGAUGAAAUGGAUGGGGUGUUUAUGAUUGAAGGCAAGGACAGUGAGACAAUUCUGCAAGAACUCAGGACGGCAAGGGGCAAGAUGAAACCUGAGUCUCUACUGGAAUCAGACCCAGUCAACAUUUACCUGAAGAAGAAGCCAAAAAGGACCUUCACAAUGCCUGAGGAGGUGCCUCGUGGCGACUAUGGCUUAGUCAUCAAUGGCUACAGUCUGGCUUUUGCUCUAGAAGGGAACCUGGAAUUGGAACUGCUGCGAACAGCAAGCUUGUGCAAGGGGGUAAUCUGCUGCCGGAUGACACCCUUCCAGAAGGCCCAGGUUGUAGAGCUGGUGAAGAGGUACAAGAAGGUGGUGACACUGGCCAUCGGGGAUGGGGCCAAUGACGUCAGCAUGAUCAAAGCUGCACACAUUGGGGUCGGCAUCAGCGGCCAGGAGGGGAUGCAGGCCAUGCUCAACAGUGACUUUGCCUUCUCCCAGUUCUGCUACCUUCAGCGUCUGCUGUUGGUACAUGGCCGCUGGUCUUAUAAUCGCAUGUGCAAAUUUCUCAGCUACUUCUUUUAUAAGAACUUUGUCUUCACCCUGGUGCACUUCUGGUAUGCCUUCUUCAACGGGUUCUCUGCACAGGCUGUCUAUGAUACCUGGUUUAUCACCUGCUACAAUUUGAUUUACACCUCCCUCCCUGUCCUGGGCUUGAGUCUGUUUGAACAGGAUGUGAAUGAAACAUGGAGCCUACAUUUCCCAGAGCUGUAUAUCCCAGGCCAGCACAACCUCUAUUUCAACAAGAAGGAAUUUGUGAAGUGUUUAAUACAUGGGAUCUACAGUUCCUUUGUGCUGUUCUUUGUCCCCAUGGGAACCAUUUACAACUCAGAGCGCAGUGACGGAAAGGACAUCUCCGACAUCCAGACCUUUUGCCUGAUAGUGCAGACCUCCUUGAUCUGGAUGGUCACAGUACAGAUUGCCCUGAAGACAACCUACUGGACGAUGAUAAGCCACUUCUUCAUCUGGGGUAGCCUGGGUUUCUACUUUUGCAUCUUAUUCUUCCUGUACAGUGAUGGCUUGUGUCUAAUGUUCCCCAGCAUCUUUCAAUUCCUAGGUGUGGCCAGGAACACUAUGAACCAGUCACAAAUAUGGCUGAGCCUUAUCCUCAGUGUGAUUCUCUGUGUAAUUCCUGCAUUUGGGUACCAGUUUCUCCAACCACUAGUUUGGCCCGUCAAUGUGGACAAGGUUUUUGACAGAAUUAAUCAUUGCAAGACACGUCCACCACAAGUCCGAGUUCGGACCAAACUGAAACACCCAAGCCUGCGACGUUCUGCCUAUGCAUUCUCCCACAAACAGGGCUUUGGGGCCCUCAUCACUUCUGGAAAGACAACAAAGAUCAAGCCAAACAAGAGAAACAGCUUUCCUGUUAAAAAGUAGAGGCCCUUAGGGAAAUCCAAAAUAGUCAUUGCUCUUCCUCCCUUGUAUACAUGCAAUUUAGUAAGGAGGAUUAAAGUCCCUGGGAACAGUGUAAACCUGCUCCUCCACGCUCAUGGCAGGGCCUCAGCCUCUUCAUUUCCCAGAAGGGUGUACCCAGGUAAAGCAAGGAAAGAGGUAAGGAAAGAGUCCUCAGAUAUAUCUGCCAGAAUUGUAGCAUUUCAAGAAAAAUCAAUCUCAGGUGUCCGUUCCACCAUCCCUCUCAAGUUUUAAUCCAGAAAAGCAAAUGUGGAAGUAGAGGUUGUAGAGGGACAGUGUAGGGAAGGGGGAAAAGAAGAUAGGACCUAAGAAUCUUACUUUAAACCCUAUCUCCCAUACCCAGGGCAACUGUAAACCUUCCCAGGGCCCCAUAUUUCUACCCCAGCACUCUUCUAAGGUUUAUUUGGGAGAUUCAGAGUGAAUAUUUUGCUGGCCCUGGUAGCAAGAGUGGGAGGCAGCUUUGGAGAGUUGGUCUUGAGAAGCUGAAGGAAAGUUUCUGGACCCCAAAAAAGGUGGUUCCUGCUUGGAUAAGAUUGCUCAAGAUUUUGCUUUCUUCCCCUCUAUUUUGACCCCUUUGACCCAAGAACUGAUGCCUGGUCAGAUCUCAGAACUAGGAAGAAAAAAAAUAGAGGAUUUUUUAGAACUCAUGUCUUAGGGGGAUAUAACCAUAAUUGGUGAGCAUCUGUCUUCAUUCCAUAAAAUUAUUUUGAGAAGAAAUUGCAUAUAUUUGGAAUAUUAUUUCUAAGAAGUUUAUGGAAAAAUAAAUUACAUAUU